GUCGGCGAAUCCCUAAACGACACCGCGUCCGCGCGGUUGGCCAAAGCGCACCAGAUCGUGAACAGUGAGGAGAUUCCGAAGGACCCCUUUCAUCAGCAUCUGUACACGAAGAACAACGUGGGGGUAGUUGCACCUCCGUCCUCUCAGGGCAGAUCAAGAGCGUCUGCUUCGAGUAAAGUGCCUUCUUCAUCAAAGGGUCCCCUCCACUACCCGACGACCGUGAGCACAGGGUUUGGUGUUCAUUCCGACCAAAACGCAGAUGUAGGAGUUGUUGACAGCGUAGUAGUUCUUGAAAAAACUACAAGCCAGGACGAGCAAAUGAUUAUCC